CAUAUGAAAUGUGAAAGAAGUAAACCAAACCAACGGAGUUGAAGUGUCAGCCAGAUAGAAAUGGCAGCUAAAUCUCCUCCUACCCCACCGUACUCCCCUGAAAACUUUAAUCUAGAGACAAAGCUGAUUGUCCUCAACUUUAUAGGAUACAACCCUCACGACUCUCCUUCACAGUCCAUUCAGUCAGCUGACUUAUUCAGAGGAAGAUUCUGCCAUUCUUUGCCUGUGACCCCUGACUUACACAAGCAGUGCAAUCAGAGAUCUUCUCUACAAAAACAGAAAACGGCAGGUCAGCUAUAUGCUAAACAAUCGUCAUCUUCUAUCAAUGAGGAGCAGGUCCCUAGGCGAAAAUCAUGGUCCUUAGAAACUGUAUCACCUCCUAAACUGUCUUUAAAAUUCAAGAAAAAUGUUACUUUGAAUUAUAAAUCUCAAGGUCAGUCAUCUUCAGCAGACAGGGAGAGUUUAGAUGACUACAGAGCAGAUGAUGAAAUGUCCCAAAGUGCCUCUCCUUGUGUUCAGUCCAAUGAUCUCAAUACCAAGCAGAUUCUGUCACCAGCAAGUGAUGCCUGGCUCAACCCUGAUACUUUGUUUGCAUCACACAAAGCAACCUCCACCACUACCCCCAAAUCGUUAGGAUUUGAACCUACCCUGGAGGACUGGAAAAAUUUGGAGGCUGCUGUCCCAGUGACUGAAGAAGAAGAUGGGUUAACAGAGAUUUCACCUGAGAUUCAAGAAUUUGUGGAUUCGCUCUUGUCUGAUGUCAUUAGAUUGGUUGUGGAGGGAGAAAUGAGAAGGCAACAGAAAAGCAUAGAUGAAGUUGAUGCACAUGAUGGUCAUAAUGGUUUUCACAAUGGAGAAUAUCAAAGAGGAAUCAGUGGAAAUGAUGACGUUUCCUCAUCUUCAGCUGACUCCUGCUCCAGUAUGUCCAUAGAAAACUUUGGCCCCUCCCCUGAGGAUGUGGACUCUGUCACUUCUCAUGAGAUUGACGGCUGUAGCUGCCAUAGUAUUAAAAGUUCUCCCAACGAUUUCACACCUGGUGACAGAUCUAAGCUCCGCCUUCAUAUUGUCAAUCAUUCCUCCCCAGCUGUAGAGGAGAGUGUUCUAAAUUGUAUGAGGGCGGAGCUUAGUGAGGAACUCUCCUCACUGGAGUCAGAGUUAGAGAAUGCUUUACAGAAACAGAGAAAUGGAGAAGUUGUGUCCCCCCUUUUGACCCCUCCGCUUACCCCUCAGUCCAACGCUGCCCGUGUCCUGGCCAGGAUUGGAGAUGAGGUGCGUGCUAAGUAUGAGUUUCAGUUGGAGGAUGCACUUCAUCGACUGUUCAUUGAAGGUCAACAGACAUUUUCAUAUGAAGCCUUCAGGGAAUCAGCCAAUCAAAUUGGGGAUCAAAAUUUGCCAGGCUGGAGGCAGGUUGUGUUAAUGUUGGUGUAUGGACAGAGUGUUACCUGGAGAGCUGUGGAGAGCGGACAGAGGGGGAUAGGUAACUUAAUCAGCUAUACAACACGCCUCCUCUCAGACUAUGCAGCAGAAUUCAUCAUAAACCAAGGAGGAUGGGAAGCUGUCAUGAGUUUAGAGUCCUCUGUAGAAACUUCACCAGACCAACAGAUAGGCCAGUACCCCUUAAAUUCCAAGCAGUUCACUGACCAAUCACAUUCCUUAAAUCAAUCAGACCACCCACUACAUUCCAAACAGCUCAACAGCCAAUCACAUUCCUUGUAUGAGUCAUGUGCAAUGUCAGUGAAACCAGGUGAACUUUUCAGUAAUCAUCAGAAUGUCACUGCCAAUAACAGCAGUUAUCAUGACAGUGAGGUCAUGUCAAUAUUUGUCGACCCUACUCAGGUAUUUGAAUCUAUGUCACAAGGAGGCUUGUCUUCCUCAGGUUCUGAUGAAUCUCCAGUGCCUAAUGUCCCGUCUGUCUCGGCAAUUAUCUCCGAGUCUGAUUUUUCUGCGGGAAGAUUCCAAGGUUGGGAUGACCAUGUAUUUACUAGAUCUAGAAGCGAAGAGUACUUGUCUAAUAUGCUCAUGAUAUCUUUUAACAUUGGCACUUUGAUUGCCCUUAUUUAUUUGUCUCAAAAUGGGAGAAGUAUUAAUUAAAAUUUAGUUAUAUGGUAUUAAGUUUUGCUCAAUUUUAAGUUUGUGAUUUGUUGUGAUUAAUGAUUGAUGCUUAAUAAGCAGAAAUCUUAUUACUGACCAUAAAUUUGGUUUUAUAAA